CAGUCCUGUAUUUCAUAUAUUGUGACUGUAUAUUUUCCGUUUCCCGCCAAAAUCGUAAUAUGUUUGGUCGCUAUCUUUUCUCUAGAAACCCGUCUACUACUAGUAUUAUUAUUAUCUGGACUAUAUUAUAUUUUGUAAUUGAACUCAUUGAAACCGUAUCAUAUUGUUCAUCGGAAAUAUCACCUCUGCUCUUCGCGAAAACCAGCUACUCUCGACGUCGUUGCGGUGACCGAGUACGUAUUUCAGAGUCCUUUCGGUCGCCGUGUGUACCUAACCGGCCUAGGUCGUAUCGAUUUCGUGCACCGAUAUGACCGAAACGGCAAGAUUGCGAAGGCUCAUAGUCAGCACCUUCUCGCUCAACGGCCUUACGAUUCAAGAAAAAUCAUGUGCUCAUUUAGCCCAACAGUUGGGACCAUUAGAGACUACAGAAGAACGUGACCAAUGGUUAGAGAAAAUUGUUGAUUAUGUUCGCUCUUCGAAUACUAAUGAAGGAAAUAUAGUGACUUAUGAAUUGCUUGUAAAAGCUCUUAAAUUCUGUUGUGAUCUACAAGUUCUCAAUGAUGAAGAUAUAUUACGUGUGAUUCCUGCUUAUAAGCUUCCCCGAUACAGAUAUUGUGCAUUAACAAAAAAAUUUCUAAGAAUAUCUUCAGAAACAUCCAUGUUUGGUAAUGCUCAAUCAAAAAUCUCUCAGUAUGUUGAUAGAUAUACUGUUAUUAGGCAGCGGAUGUCUAGAAUAAAAACAGUUACUGAUGGUACCUUGAAUCAACCAUUAACAAUAGGUGAUAAGAUACGUGAUGUCGAUUAUCUUUUAAGUUCAGGAGCUGGUUUGAAAUUUAAUGGCAGUUCAAAAAAAAAUCCAAUAUUGUUGCUGGGUAUAUUAGUGCAACUGAAAGAAGGAGGUCGCCACUAUUUAGAAGAUCCUACUGGAGCUAUACCUCUUGACCUUUCUAAAACAGAUUUUAAAAAAGGCUUUUUUUCUGAGAACUGUUGUGUAUUGGCAGAAGGUUAUUUUUGUCAUGACCGGGAAGUAUUUUCUGUUACUGAUAUGGCUUUACCACCUAGUGAACGUACUGAGAUUAGCAAAAUAUAUUUUGGAGAAUCAAACAUUUAUAGCGAUGACAAUGAUCAUAACUUACAUUCGUGUAAUCCAAAAUUAUUGGAGUACGAACAACAUAAACAACGGAUGAUUGUAUUUGUAUGUGAUGUUUUUUUAGAUGACCCUAAGGUUGUAAAAAAAUUUCAUACAUUGUUAAAUGCUUACAAUGAAGUUGGUCCAGUGGCUAUAGUAAUGAUGGGCGACUAUUUGUCUUGUCGUGUACCCUCACAUAGAUAUGCUCAAGAGUUAAAAGCUCAUUUGAAUGAAUUGGGGCAUUAUAUUCAUGAUAUGACACCUGUACUUUGCAAGCAAACCACAUUUGUAUUGUUAUCUGGACCUGGAGAUCGGUAUUGUGGUGCUGCAGGGGCAAGCAUCUUGCCUAGACCAACAAUACCUGCAUGCUUAACUGAAGAAUUUCAUCGCCUUGUACCUCGAAGUGUAUUCACCACUAACCCAUGUCGUUUACAAUAUUGUACCCAACAAAUACACAUAAUUCGAGCUGAUGGUUUAAUGAAUAAGACAGCAAACUAUGAUGUCAGGCUUAAAUCAAUGGAUCGAAAGAAAUAUUCUUCAGUAGCAGAGACUGAUGAUAAUACUGUCAAUAAUUAUAUAAAAACUUUGGAGAGUCAGUCACAUUUGAUUACUGUUCCUUUGGACAUAUGUCCCACAUAUUGGCCUCUUGCUUCUCACUCGUUAAGUUUAUACCCAAUGCCAGAUUUGGUAUGCAUUGCAGAUGCUAAUGCUCCAGAGUACAGUACCAGAAACUCAAAUGAUCCUAAUAGCUCUAAUACAAAAAUAUCAUCUUCUGGUUGUGUGUUUUUUAAUCCGUCAUCAUUUGCUAGAAAUAAGUAUACCUUUUCGGUGUACAUGACAGCUCAACAUCAAAUUGAAGAAAGUCAGUUGCCAGAUGAUGAGGAAGAUACUAAUAUGGAUAGUGAUGAUAUUGUUGCUCCAAAAGAAAAACAUAUAGGGCGUUAGUUAUAUUCAGACUAUUUAGUGUUAAGAUGAUUAGGUUAUUUUUGGCUUUUAAAUUUUUAUAAAUAUAUUAAUGUAUGUAGCUUGUGAUUAAUAAUAUCAUAUAAUAUA